AUGAGUGACCCCCGCAGGGUGAACGAAGUGCGUAAUUGCGAACCGUUGAACGGGGAUGGAGUGCUCCAUCGUUGGGCCCGUCAGAACAAUUACAAGGAACUAGCGAAGGUGCCACCGGGCCCGAAUAUAAAUUGCCGUAACAACAGGAUGGAGACCCCUUUGAUUGUGGCAGCACAAUCCAGCGCAAUCCGCGCAAUCGCAUCAUUGACAGCUCUGGGAGCUGAUUCCGACGCACAGGACGCAACAGGUAACACAGCACUGCAUUACGCGGUAAUAAAUUCGUCAGAGAGGGCAAUUGAUUCUCUCGCGUACGUUUACGCGAAUUUCAAUAUUCCCAACUCUGCCGGACGUACCGUAAUGCAUUUGCUGGCAAUUAACAAUAGCCCCAAUCUAGCAAAACAGUUAAGCCGAGACAUAUUUAGGAUAGACAUGGAAAUAAUGGACCGGGAUGGCAACACCCCAUUUAUGGCCGCUGUCAGAUAUGACAGCAGUCGUAUGGUCCAAUAUUUCCUUCAAAUUGGCUAUUGUCCUGACAAAAAAGAAAAAGAUGGCAACACGCCACUGCACGUUGCUAUUAGAUCUAUGAAUUUCGCGACUAUUAAACUGUUAGCACAACGGCCCCAUUUAAACGUCACUAAUGACGACGGCCGCAGCCCGUUGGCUGCCGCGGUCGCCAUUGGCAAUGAAAUGGCGACAGACAUUUUAUGGCGAGCUGAUGCCGACUCUAACAUCAUAGACAAGGCAGGUAACACUUUGUUACUCCUUGCAUGCGCAGGACCAUCAAUAGUAAUUUUAAAACACGUCCUAGAGCAUUGCUCUGAAGUCAGAACGCAAAAUGUAGCCGGGGACACCGCGCUACAUUUAGCAUCCGUGUCUAAGGGGCCUAAUAUCAUUUUUGAACUAUGCAAAAGGGGGGCGAAUGUAACAGCUCAAGAUUGCCUGGGAAGAACGCCCCUGAUGAUAGCCAUAAUGUCGAGUAAUCGACAAGCCGCAGCAGUACAGUUAGAAUGGCAAUUUGCCGUGGGGACAGAUUUACUCGUGAAAGUAGAUUCACAAGGGUUAAACGCGUCGCAAUAUUGUGACCUAUUCGCAGAUCAAGAAACAAAAGAAAGUAUUCGAAAGCUAGAAACGGCAUUAAGAAUUACCCAUCAAAACCCCGUCCAAACUAGGACAAUUUACUUUAACGCAGCAACGGAAAGGAUUGAUGUAGAUAACGAGGAUAACGAACCACUAGCAGAUAAUUCCGACGAUUCCACUAACUCGUCACUAGAAAUGCCAGUUCUCACCCUGUAG